UAAAUAAAGGAACUAUUACUUAGUGUGAAGAAAGAAAGAAAGAAAGAAAGAAAGAAAGAAAGAAAGAAAGAAAGAAAGAAAGAAAGAAAGAAAGAAAGAAAGAAAGAAAGAAAGUAAAACUUUGAGCAAAAGAAGAGCGGUUUGAUUUCGUGUUGCCAUAACUAGAGUUCCUUGUAGCUCAGGAAUCAGGUCCCUGGAAUGUAAGCUUGACUUUCCCUGAGCUAAUGCCAGAUUCGGUGUCCACUGUUACUUAUGAGACCGGAGUGAUCACUGAAAGGAAUAUACAGAACGGCAUUUUAUGAACAGAGUGUUCUGAGAGUCAACAUAUUGUGGAGGCAGAACCUUUAAAGCAGAAGGUACAGUUCUGUUGACACUGAAGACGCUUUGGGGUGUGCAUACUGAAAAUCGCUGACAGCUCAAAUGGAUCGCAUGGAACUGCACAAAAUCAACAUAGAACUUGAUGAGGAGAGCAACAGUGAGGAAAGCACUGAAGACAACUACACCGAGAUGGUAGAUCCAGAGAAGGCUACUAUUAGCAGUCAGUUUGUUGGUGAUGAAUCAGAAAGUCAGAAGUUCCUUACCAAUGGAUUUCUGGGUAAAAAGAAAUUGGAAGACUAUAAGGAUGAAUAUCACCCAGGAGAUACUUCAUUUGGAAUGUCUGCAUUUAACCUGAGCAAUGCCAUCAUGGGCAGUGGCAUUUUAGGACUUUCCUAUGCCAUGGCUAAUACCGGAAUCAUACUUUUUAUACUCUUACUGUUUAGUGUGGCCAUAAUGUCUCUCUAUUCAGUUCACCUGUUACUGAAGACAGCUAAAGAAGGAGGCUCGCUCAUUUAUGAAAAGUUAGGUGAAAAGGCAUUUGGAUGGCCUGGAAAACUUGGUGCUUUUAUUUCUCUUACAAUGCAGAACAUUGGAGCAAUGUCAAGCUACCUCUUUAUUAUUAAGUAUGAGCUUCCAGAAGUAAUCAGAUCAUUUCUGGGGCUUCAAGAGAAUUCUGGGGAAUGGUACCUAAAUGGCAACUACCUCGUGAUAUUCGUGACCAUUGGAGUUAUUCUUCCACUCUCACUUCUAAAAAAUUUAGGGUACCUUGGUUAUACAAGUGGAUUUUCACUCACCUGCAUGGUCUUCUUUUUAAGUGUGGUGAUCUACAAGAAAUAUCAAAUACCUUGUCCUCUCCCUCCUUUGGACAAUGAUGUUGGUAACAGGUCCUACAAUGACACCACAGUUCCGAUCCACGUAGUGAUGUUACCAAAUGAUUCUGCUAAUCCAGGUGUCAAUUUUAUGAUGGAAAGCACCCAGUGGCACUAUUCAGGUCCUGAAGAAACCAAAGAUCAGCAUCAAAGUGGAGUGCAAUACGAAGCUCACAGUGAUGACAAUGACAAGUGCCAACCCAAAUAUUUUGUGUUUAACUCACGGACUGCCUAUACUAUUCCGAUCUUGGCAUUUGCAUUUGUAUGCCACCCUGAAGUGCUACCAAUAUACAGUGAACUGAAAAACCGAUCACGAAAACGGAUGCAAAAUGUUUCCAAUGUCUCCAUCACUGGUAUGCUUGUCAUGUAUUUACUAGCUGCCCUGUUUGGCUAUCUUACCUUUUAUGGGGAAGUUGAAGACGAGCUGCUUCAUACAUACACCAAAGUGUACAAUUUUGACACUCUGCUUUUGAUGGUUCGCUUUGCGGUGCUUGUGGCUGUGACACUGACUGUGCCAAUAGUACUGUUCCCUAUUCGGACAUCAGUUUCUACACUUUUGUUCUCAAAAAGGCCUUUCAGUUGGAUAAGACAUUUUCUGAUUGCUGCAGUAAUCCUUGCGCUUAACAACCUCUUAGUAAUUUUUGUGCCUACCAUUAGAGACAUCUUUGGAUUCAUAGGUGCCUCUGCUGCUACAAUGCUGAUUUUUAUUCUUCCUGCUGCCUUCUACCUUCGUAUUGUCAAAAAAGAGCCUUUGAGGUCACCUCAGAAGAUUGGGGCACUGGUAUUCCUCAUUGUUGGCGUAAUCUUUAUGAUUGGGAGCAUGACUCUCAUUGUGCUGGACUGGGUUUACAACUCUCCGGGAUCCAAACAACAUUAAUUGGGAAGAGAAGAGAAAGAAGCCUUUCCUUUCCUGCUCGAAAUGGUUGACUGCUCAUCUGCUAUCACCGAAAAAACUUUUUGACAUAUAGAUGGGGACAGUACUUCUAGUCAAUAACUGGAAGAUUCCAAAGACUUUACUAGUAAUGCUACUAGAAACCUAUGGAAUAUUAAAACACCCUUUUAUAAGGGUGAGUUAUUUAUGUAUCAAAGCCUGUGCCGUUCUUUUCUGGCUCAGGAGAGAUUUUUUUUAAAAAAAAUGUGUGCUGGGGGAUACACAGAGUUCAUUCUGUACAUAGCACUCAAAACAGUCUGUUACUGUGGUUUUUUUAUUUGUUCGUUUUGAUAACCACCAUUUCCAGAAUGCUGGAAGGCAAUGCAGCAGUUCCAGAGUUACGCGAGUGCCUUUGGAAACUGAAUGAGGCUAAAAUAUUUAUAAGUUAUCCAAUAACUGAGAUUAUCGAACUCACAAGUGUAACUGCCAAACUUAGAGUGUAUAUAUGUAUGUAUAGUGUAUAUACAUAGACACAGAAGAGCAAAUAAAAGAAACAAUUGUUGUUUUAAAUAGUUGUCCAUAAAGUUAGCAAGUACAAUCAAAUCAGGCUUUGCACACAAGCUGUGCAUGGCAACUUUGGUAAGUAUUUUACUUCUUAAGCAAUAAAUUCUAUUAAUCAAAGUAUGAUCACAGGAACACCCAGCAUUGGAGGUGUGCUGAUAAAUUCUUAAGUGGUACCCACUUAUACCCGCUUUCAAACAUUAUCUGUUACAAAAUUGCCCACCACUGAUUUCUGCAGGACUUCCAAGCCUUGCGUUACCAGAAGCAUUAUCAAGGAAAUGUGGCCAUAGCCCUAACAGUGUCUCCUGUUAGAAGCGCUGCACUUAAGAGAGAGAAAAAUGACUCCGGGGCCAGCCAUUCAUUAAAGCCAUUUACACCCUACCUAUAGCAUUCAAAACCACUCUACAUAUCAGGACACCUGUAUUACUUUCAAAACAGCCUGUUUUGAAUUUAGAAAUGUUGAUAAGAGUGAUGAUCAUCAUGUUCAGCGCUUCUGACCAUGAUGGCUUGGAUAGGACUUGCUUGCCAUAGGACUUGCUUGCCAUGGUUUAGGCGAGCAACGUCCAGUCUAUGCCAGCCUGAAUUCGGAUCCAGCGAAUAUAGUCCUGUUAUGAUUUAAAAUACUGAACAAGCUCUGUCUUGGUCUAUGAUUUGUCUUCCACUGUGACUCAAAGGAAUGUAAGGAGAGCACAAGGAAUUUUGAAAGCACCCUAACCAGUAUUGUUCAAGGCAUUUUUUUGUUUCAUAAAUGUUCAGUGCAGGAAACUGUAAUCAUUGCUAUAUAUGUACUAUAUAAAUAUUUAUGUAUAUAAUCUUAUUCUCAUUCAGAAUUUUCAUGUAUGAUACAGUGUUUUUGAUUUUUAUAUAUCUAUUUGUGUAGUUGUUGUUUGUUUUCAUAGUCAUAAACUUUAUACCCAUUUUGAUGUGUGGGGGGGUCACUUUGGUAAGGUCCUAAAAGGUUGGCUUUACAUGUCAGUGCUUGAAAUUCUUCUGUGAAAGUCCAAGAGGUUAUUUGACUAUAAUGAGACAGUCCAGUGUUUCAAAAAUUGGUUGUAAUAAAACUUCAAGAAUUCA